UCGGCGGGCUCAGGGCUCAGCGCCGCGCAGCGCCCCGGCUCCCAGCACCAUGGGCGGCAAGAAAGUCUGCAUCGUGGGCUCCGGCAACUGGGGCUCGGCCAUCGCCAAGAUCGCCGGCACCAACGCGGCGCGGCUGAGCACCUUCGAGAGCCAGGUGAGCAUGUGGGUGCUGGAGGAGGAGGUGGGCGGCCGGCGGCUCACCGACAUCAUCAACACGGAGCACGAAAACGUCAAGUACCUGCCAGGGCACAAGCUGCCCCCCAACGUGGUAGCGGAGCCAGACCUGCUGAAAGCCUGCGCCGGGGCUGACAUCCUCCUGUUCGUGGUGCCCCACCAGUUUAUUGGCCAAGUCUGCGACCAGCUCAAGGGCCACGUAAAGAAAGACGCGGUUGGGGUGUCGCUCGUCAAGGGGGUGGACGAAGGACCAGAUGGGCUGAGGCUGAUCUCAGACAUUAUCCAUGAAAAACUGGGAAUAGAGAUGAGCGUCCUCAUGGGGGCCAAUAUUGCGAACGAAGUGGCAGAAGAGAAGUUCUGUGAAACGACCAUCGGCUGCAAGAACGCGCAGCACGGGCGGACGCUGAAGGAGCUGAUGCAGACGCCAAACUUUCGGGUGACGGUGGUGGAGGAGGCUGACACCGUAGAGAUCUGCGGGGCUCUCAAGAACGUCGUGGCUGUCGGAGCUGGUUUCUGCGAUGGGCUCGGCUAUGGAGACAACACAAAAGCUGCCGUGAUCCGUCUGGGACUGAUGGAGAUGAUCGCCUUUGCCAAAGUCUUCUGUAAGGGCUCCGUCACCGCCACCACCUUCCUGGAGAGCUGCGGGGUCGCGGACCUCAUCACGACCUGCUACGGUGGCCGCAAUCGCAAGGUGGCCGAGGCUUUCGUCAAGACGGGGAAGUCUAUUGAGCAGCUGGAGAAGGAGAUGUUGAAUGGGCAGAAGCUGCAGGGUCCCCCGACGUCUGCCGAGCUGCAUCGCAUCCUUAAAAGCAAGAACUUAGUGGAGAAGUUCCCCCUCUUCACAGCCGUGUAUCGGAUCUGCUACGAGGGCAAACCUGUUACCGAUGUCAUCAAGUGUCUCCAGAACCACCCUGAGCACAUGUAGGUGGGUUCUGCCUGCAAAACCACUGAUCCUGCCGAGAGGAGCCGAGAGCUCCUGCCCACACCUACUUGCUCUGCUGCUACAGCUUUGUAAGGGGUCCGGAUUUCCUGGGAGCCUUUGCAGAGUUGCUGGAAGGGCAGAGGUUCCCUUUCCCAGCCCUGGACACUGCCAGCCUGAGCCUGGCAUCUGCACGGAGGUACCUGCUGAUCUCCCUUUCUCUCUGAAGGGCUCGUGUAACUGCUGCUGCUGCGUGGGGUCUGCCCAGCGCAGUGCUGAGCAUUUUCCCCCUUUCAAUUUCUCUUGCCCUGAUGGAUUCAGUUCAGGGACUCUGCCAGGUCAUCCUGAUGGCUCCGGGCUGUGCAGAAGGCACUGCCUGGAAGGACGAGCUUUGCUGUUAGCUCCACGGGGCCACUUUGCAUGAUGCCAGCCCUUUCCUGCUUGCUGCUGUUCUUGGCUUAACUCUCAUGGAGCGGGCACAGCUCCCUGCCGGGCUCCACCGGGGUGGCUGAAGCUCCUCAGGACUUUCAAAGGGGCUGAGGAUCACUCUUCUUUCUAAGCAACGCCAGCAUAGAAGAUAGCAGCAUUCUUUUCCCACCCUGCCAUGUGCUGCUUCCCCAGCCACCACCAGCUGCUCCUGGCGGACGCUGUGGCCAACGCUUCAGCUGCUCCUGGUGAACACCAUGGCCAAUGCUUCAGAUGCGAGGGCAGCCCCAAGGCGCAACUUCCGAGCUUGGUUUGUUUAGCUUUUUUGCUCUUGCAAUCAAACCUGGCCCCUGCACCCAGGGAACUCCCCUGUUGUCACACGUUUGCCUGUGCUAAUUCCACGUCCACUGACUGUCCCUGGACAGCUUUUCUCCCUCUGGUCAGUUUGUCCUCUGGCUGGCUUGGGCAAUGCAGGGACCAACUGCCCCAAAGUCUUUCUGAGCAGCUGGCAGGCUGCGUAACCCUUGGCAGCGUACCUGACAAAGCAGUUGGGUCAUGUUGCUUUUAGAUGAAUGAUCCACAGUGCCUUUUUGCCAUUUCCUUGGCUUGCUCCGGUCUAUGCCUUAUCCCGGUCUUUUGCUUCUCCAUGUGGCUUCCGAGAACACGGGUUCCGUGCUUACUUUCCCUGCUGUCUCCUGUGAGGGUGCUGGAAACUGCUAAGGCGCAAGGGGCAGCCGCAGACAUGUGAGCCGCAGGAGGUACGAGGAGACCUCCAACAUCACAGGAGGGGACAGAGGUCUCGUGCCUCGUGCUGUGCUGUUGAAACUUGCCCCUUGUCCAGGCGGGUGCCACGUGCCUCUCUGGUCCUCUGAAGCUGGCUCGCUCCGCUUGUGUUUGCUCAGGGCAGCAUGGCCAGCGGUUCACUGAUCCCUGGCAGGGCUGGCAGGCCAGGGCUGCUGCAGGGCUCGCUGUCCACCCCCGUUCCGGGUCCUAGUGCUGCUGGGUCUCUGAUUAGCAGUGUACUUUUAUGAACAUUUGAAAGAAUAAUAAACUCUGAGAGGUGAAGGGA